AUGGUCGUGCAGCCAUGUAUAAACGGUCGUUGCCCGCCUCCAUUGCCGCAUUGCAUAAGUCAUCCAAUCCCACCGCCACCACCGCCUCCACCACCACCACCAGUUCUUCGAGCGCCACCAGCUCCACCGUGUCACAACAGAUGCGAUAGUCACACACAUGUUCUUUCCAGAAAUGUACCACUGUUUGCAAUUAGAACUGAAUUCAACUACACGACUUCCGAUGACGACAUUCUCUCCAGUUUAACGGCCAUAUGA